CCUUAAAUCUAGAACAAGAUAAAACAGAAACAAAAAGUGAUAAUUUUCUCCUUUUGAGCUCAACAGCUAUCAAGCUUAGCUAUUUAUCUAUGAGGAAUUUCUCAUUAGCAAAUUAUAUUUCUGGUGAAUAAGCUGUGUUUCUCAUUAAUCAUGAUAAUUAUGUUGUCGACCAAGAAUUAUUUAUAAUUGGGUUUAUAAGAAAGCUGGUUCUUGGAAAGCGAUAAGUUUUAUCUGUUGACUAGGAUUUUAGGGGGAAUUCCGUGGAAGGAGAAGUUUGGUGACUUCUCUUCAAGUGCGUGUUCAUAGGAGAGAUGUCAAUGGUUUGGGAACAUAACUCCCGUGUGGAGGAAAUUGUAUGGAUUGAAGUAGAAAAGUCUCUAAUGUAUCUAUCUCUAGGAUGUUCAGGUUACAGAAAAAAGUGGGUUUCAACAUUUUUGGGAAGUUGAUUGGAUGUUCAAGAAACAGUGGAAACGAUUCGCUUACUUGCAAGAGAAAUUCCUCCAUUCCACAAACAAAGUUGAGGAAAAUCGCUGAAAAUUUGAUAUGAGAAGCUCAUAAACUAAUACAAUUCGUGACAAAAUUCAACAGUCAAAUUCACAAUUUGUUUACUACCUACGAUUUUGUGUUCACAAUGUUUCUUGAAAACAGAACUCAGAGAUUCAAUGCAACUAAAUUUGGGAGCUCACUGUAUAAUUUGUGAAUUAGAACUCGUGAAUCACGACAUAUUAUCAGGAACCGGAUAGUUUGAUAAUUAUUAAUUAGUGUAAGCCGAGUGAACCAUUGAUACGAGUAUUGAAAAUAAUCGAAAGAUUGUUAACGAAAUUUGGAAAUCCACGUGAUAUUUUAAAAACAAUUCACGGAUUGAACAUCAAUGUGUGUAAGCAGAACUACAGGGGACAAGUAUUUUCGAAAACUACAGUGAUUUAACCUGCUUCAGUGAGUUUGAGAGCAACAUUCAGAUAUUUACUACGAUAGUGAAAUAGUUAGACUUUGAAAAUCUAGUUAAAGUUUUCAAACUGUUCUUGACUUUCAAUACUGAGAAUCAAUCAAUUUUCUCAAACUACCCUCGUUUCUGCGUAGUCUAAUUUGAUAAACUAAGAUUGUUUUCGGUGAAAAGUGACGACUAUGACUUGUCGGAGGAAAGCGACAUCCUAGUGUUGGGUGGUGCAAUCUGUGAGGUAGCCAGUGUUUUUUCGAAAUUUUCGAGCGGCCCUCGAGCGAGGGCCCCCAAAACAGGACCAUUAUUUUACCACACGGGGUCUGUCGGUACCCCCCGUCAGGGGGUGACCUGGAUUUGGGGGGCUUUCCACGCAGCAUGGCUCUAGUGGCGACCCCAUGGCGCGAUCCGCAACCGGCACUCGGCCUGCCCAUGGUUCCCCCGGUCGACGACCCCAACUCUGUGGGCGGAUUGAGGGAUCUUGCCACCCCUGGCACCAACAGUUCGCAAUCUGGGGGAUCGUCCCAGUCCAACGACAAAAAUCAGAAUAUUGAGUGCGUGGUUUGCGGGGACAAGUCCAGUGGCAAACACUACGGCCAGUUUACAUGCGAAGGUUGUAAGAGUUUCUUCAAGAGGAGUGUGAGGCGGAACCUGACGUAUUCGUGUCGAGGGUCAAGGAAUUGCCCCAUCGACCAACACCAUAGGAAUCAAUGUCAAUAUUGCCGAUUGAAAAAAUGCCUCAAAAUGGGGAUGCGGAGGGAAGCGGUGCAGCGCGGCAGAGUGCCACCGAGUCAAGCGACCGGCUGCCUGGUGCCCGGGCAGUUCGCUUCGCUGGCGAACGGAGACGCAGCCUCGGCUGCCUCGCUGGCUGCCGGGUGUGCGGUGGGCCUCAACGGAGCCGGCAGUCACUCCUACCUCUCGUCCUACAUCUCGCUGCUGUUGCGAGCCGAGCCCUACCCGACCAGUCGCUACGCACAGUGCAGCAUGCAAAGCGCCAACCCCGCCAUGGGUAUCGACACCAUUUGCGAACUGGCUGCAAGGCUACUCUUCAGCGCUGUCGAGUGGGCGCGCAAUAUUCCCUUCUUCCCCGAUUUACAGGUGACAGACCAAGUAGCGCUGCUACGCCUGGUGUGGUCUGAGCUGUUUGUGCUGAACGCGUCGCAGUGUUCGAUGCCGCUGCACGUAGCACCGCUGCUGGCUGCAGCCGGGCUGCACGCCUCGCCAAUGGCUGCGGACCGCGUGGUUGCCUUCAUGGACCACAUACGCAUCUUCCAGGAGCAGGUCGAGAAGCUCAAGGCCUUGCACGUCGACUCGGCCGAGUACAGCUGCCUCAAAGCGAUCGUCCUCUUCACCACAGAUGCAUGCGGCUUGUCAGAUGUGGCACACAUAGAGAGUCUGCAGGAGAAGUCGCAAUGUGCCCUGGAAGAGUAUUGUCGCACUCAGUACCCGAACCAGCCAACGCGCUUUGGCAAACUGCUCCUUCGGCUGCCCUCCUUACGAACAGUCAGCUCCCAGGUGAUCGAACAGCUGUUCUUCGUCCGAUUGGUCGGCAAAACGCCGAUCGAGACCCUCAUCCGCGACAUGCUUCUCUCCGGUAGUUCGUUCAGUUGGCCCUACAUCAACUCCAUGUGACACACCGUCUGGAGACAGUUGGCCUCCGUAUAGGAUCAGGACGUGACCCAUAAUUGGGUCGCGAAUCCGCCGAUCAAUAGUUGGACUGCGACCUCGACUGAGUAUGUCUUCGCAUCUCCCAAACAAUGCAAAUAGAUGUUGUGAUAUGUGAUUUUCAAGGGAUCUUCACAAGAAAUCUUCAAAAUUUGAAUACCCGAAUCUUUGAAUCUCGAAUAUAUUCUUCUCAAGCCACUCCCGUCCAACGAUCAAUACUAAGUUAGUAUAUACAGGUUGUCCCAGAAAAAGUGUAACAGUCGAAGACCAUAGAUUCAGCAUGAAAUUUGCAACAGAAAUGUUUUGUAAAAUUCUCUUAUAUCAACCUUAGUUUUCGAGAUAUAUAGAUUUUACGAUAUUUUUAAAAAAUUACUAGAGAACUAUCCGUCAUUAUUCAAUUCUAAA